CGUUUCCGUUGUGUUGUUUCUGCCUGCUGGUGGUGGUUGUGUAACAUGUGCUUUCUUGUGGUCAAAAAAGGUCUUAUGGAGUUCUAGAGACUACUUAUUUAAACUAAAUUACUAAAAAAUGAAUAAUUUUAACCAAGUGAAAGAAGAAUAUAGCUUGAAGUAUAAGGGUUUUGGAUCAUACACAGAAUGUAUGACAAGAACCUUAUUUACUGGUCUUUCAUCAUUUGCACUAACAUUUUCUGCUCUUUAUUUCAUUCAAGUGCUUUUCAAAUCUCAUCUUCCAUACCAGCAUAAAAGUUUUUUCGUUGCUCCUGCAGUUGUCAGCAGUGGCAUUGCAUGGAUCGUUACAUCUCGUGGAGCAAGAGUUUGUCAAGAAACAUGGGUGUCCUCAGAAUCAAAGUAUACAGAUUUCAACAGCAAAGAAUUAAAGAACUGAACUGUAAAGAAUCUUUUUUUUUUUAAGUAGUUGCAAAUUUAAUUGCAAUUGAAUAUCAACUGACUGUCUGACUGUAAUAACUAUAUUUAGUAAGAAGCAAUAUUUAUAUAUCUAUUAAAAAAGUUACACUUAGAAGUAAAUCUUCUAAUUAUGUAAGUUUUCCCAUUCACACAGGUCUUGUACAUGUCCCUUGAAGACACAUGGCUAGUUAUAUAGGGUGUAGAAAAAUGGUUGUGUUUAGCACUAAGGAGUGUUUAGGUAAUAUAGAACUAUAAUUUUGUGUUAAAUUCUUCAAAUGGAAUUGAAUGAUUUAAACACUGCAUAAAUUCUGAGUGUUUCACCAACAUGGAAUUCUUGAUGUUCAUGAAAUGCUGGCGAGGGAGAAAAAAAAGGUUGCUCUGGAGCGUGCAACAGCAUAGAAUAUUUUAAGGGUGAAGAGGAAGAUGAAACAAAGUAUAGUACAGAACCUUUUAUGUGGGAUCUAGAAUAUUGUGAAAUAAGAAAGCUGGGAACUUUUUGCUUAAUUUUUCUUGUCAUUUUUAAAACUACCUUUGCGGCAAUUUUAGGAAAAGGGAGGAUUUUUUGAAAUGUCUAAAAGAAUAUAAUGAAUGGUUUCUUUUUAAAGAGUAUUACUAGCGAAUAACUCGGGAAAUUUAUUGCAAAGGGCUAGUCUCGAAAAAAUGUCCCUUACGUAACGCUUAAGUUUUUAAUUUUUUCCAGCUAACCAAAGCCUAGAAUCGCCCCAAAAAUGAACUUAAAAGAUGAAGAGUCUUCUGUCAUACAGGGCAAAAUUUCCUAAAUAUUUUCCCAAACAAAACACUAAAAUAUCAGACAUUUUCUCUAUUUCAUUCCUACUUCAAAAUAAUGAAAUAAGUACUUAAAUGCGUUCUUAUGCUAUUUUUAUUGAAUGGCAGUAAUUAAAACCUUUUUGAGCCUAAAAAUGAUUAUAUGAAUUUUCAGAGAUGCCAAAUUAUGAUAGUUGAUGCAGAGGAGAAUCGAGAUCAUUUAAAUGGAAGACUGUAAUAAGGUUGCAAUAACUAAAAAAGCAAAUUUUUAUUGAUAUUAAUUUCAUGCACAAAUAACAAUUGACAACUAUUUAAAUUAAAGAAAAAACCUGUACAAAAAAAAUCACAAAAAUAAACUUGUUUAAUGCACGAGUAUAAAAAAAAUUGCACAUGUAUGUUCAU